GGAAUAUAUAUAUAUAUUCAAUUCACAUAGUCACACUUUGAGAGUCUGGUAUAUACGGCCUUUUAAUAAGAAAUAUUAUAUCGGGAGUGUUGUGUUGUCAUGUUUUCAAUAAACUCCCAACUGUCACCACUAAUGCUUAUAUGAUACAUGAGUAACAACAGCUGAGAUAAUUCUGGUGGAAACCAAUCAUUUAGCAUUUAAUUAGUCCAAAUUAAUAAUCCGUAAAAUUGGCCAGAUUUAAGGUCAAUUUUAUGGAUGAUUAAUUUGGAUUUAUAAUUGUAGAACCUGAUGAGGAAUUAUUGAAAAGAAUAUUCUUCGUUCAUAUAAUUGUGUUUUAAUAUAAUGGGGAUUUUUCAGCGAUUUAAUUAGUCCUCGAUAAAACAAAACUGAGAAAACCAAGCAGGUUUCAGUUUUAAAUGUAGAUGUGUUGACUAGAUCUCUAUUUAUCGCUGGGUAUUGGAUUAUAGACAUGGUGACCUCAUACUGUAGCCGUAUUCCUUGAUACGAAAUGGUGCACUUCUUUCCCGAUGUGGAAAACUUUUAAUGACGUUUUUUCGAAAGGUUUACCAAGGAAAUACACCAAUAUACUAGAGGCCCUCCAGUCAAACAGAAUUGGUCAAAGUGUAGAGGAAAAUGUAAUUCGAACUGGUAACAUCAAGUAAAGUUAGGUCUGCUCACUUUCAUACUUUUUAUUUGGUUUCGUCAAAAAUACUCCUGGAAGUGAGUCCUUCAUAGCCAAGCUUUUCAUGGGUUGAUUUCUUACUAUGAAACCCACUCGUUUAAUGUAUACGGGUGUUAUAUUCUUCCUUGGUAAGCGUGUUUGGAAAAUCGGAUCUUUUAGAUGUCUCGAUCGACAAUGCAAGCAUUUCUGCAAUGUGUUUCACGACUAUAAGUACGAAUUAUACUUUAGAGCUUGUCUUCACCAAUGUUUGAUAUAGUUACACACUUCAGCUUGUAUUUCAUUUUUGGAAAUCAGAUUUGAAUAAAUUAACACAUUUUUCCUUUGUAUACCUUCUCAUUUGGCGAUUCGUUUUCGGUAAUUCAGUUAUGAGCAGACUAGGUGCAUAAUAAAUUCUUACAGUGGUUAUUUUAUAACGUUCUUCUGUGAAGGUAUUAAACAAAAUUACACUGCUGAUAUGGGAAUAGUGUGUACGUAUAUAUACAUAUGUUAUGUGGCGUAAUUGGUCUCAUUUUGAAUUACUGUGUAACUUAUAUUGAUAAGAAAGUAUGAGAAACAUAAUUGACAGGAGAAUGUGCCUAUUUUUUACUUUAAAUUUAGCACAUAAUUUUUCAUAGCUAAAUAACAAGUUACGACAAAAACAGGUCUUUCUGAUUGGAUAUUUGAUAUUCUAACUAGGUGUUUGAUUUUAGUUUAACAUUAUAGUGUUCUAGAUUUAUUUAUCAAAUCAGUGAUAGCGUUGUGCAGUUGAAUAAACAUAUACAUGAUAGCCAAUAGAAUGUCUGUGUUUUUUUGUCAAUGUAAUUAAGUUUAUAAGCACCAACUGAUUAUGAUACUUCAUACUGAUUAUACCCGGCAACUUAUAAAACAUUGAUGGAUAAUAUAAUAAAUAUUACUUAGUGAUGCCAAAAUUGGCUGAUCAAGUGGAUAUGCUUUACAAUUAGGAUUACAAAUAUUUAUUUCGAACAUUUGUGGUUGGUACAUUUGAAGUACACAUAAAUAAACGAGUGGGCAGGAAAUUUUAUAAUAACUAUGAUAAAGCCACGUUUACAGUCCACCAAACCAGUACACUUAACAGUAACCGAUACAAUGAGCUUAAAAAGAUUUUCGCACUGGCAUUACCUACCAUGAUUUCACAACUCUUACGCUUCACUAAUCCUUCAAUCAGUGUAAUGGUCUGUGGACAUUUAAGUCGAGAGGAAUUAGACGCUUCAUCGUUGGCUAACUGUAUAAUCAAUAUUUUUGGUUUAAGCAUUGAUACAGGAUUUUCAAGUGCCUGUGAUACACUUUUCUCUCAAGCAUAUGGAAGUCGCAAUCGUGAACUCAUAGGGACACUGCUUCAACGAGCUUUAUGCGUUGUAUGUCUAAUGUACAUGACAUUGGUGUGCAUACAUUUGAAUAUUGAAACAGUAUUAUUAUUACUUGGUCAAAAUCCUUUAACUGCAUCGUGAGUCUGUAUUUAUUUGAUUCUUUUGUAUUACCGUAAAUAUUAAAAUGGAUAAUUAGUGUUUAAUGUCCAAUCAAUAGUUUUAGUAGAUUAAUUCUUUGCACAGAUUCUAUACGAUUAACUUUACAUUUGUGAAUAAAACUGUAAUUGAUCAUUUUAGUAAUCGAUAAUCGAAUUUGCAACUAUCUCUAUAUGUGAUGCUAUUAUUCUAAGUUUUACCGGAAUAGUUUCAAGCUUUGUAUAUGUAUGAUAUAAAAGAAGUCCUUAUGGUUGGUAGUUUAUACAGUCAAAGUGUUCCGUGUUUCUCCAUGUAUAUACAUUCAGGUAUAUUCAGUUAUUCCAUACAACCUUUCCCAUCUGUAAACGUUAAUAAAGAAAGAACAAAUAUUGUAGCAGAAUAACAUGAAUUCAUUUAUUUCCUGGAUUCUCCUUAAACCACAGUAUUGAUCAUUAGGACAAACCUACAUACUUUAUAUUAGAAACGUCUAGAAUAAACUGAGUUAAAGUGUAUUGAUAGAAUAAUAUUAUGAGACCAUAAUACGGAAGAACUAAAAUUGCUCAGACGUUCGCUCGUCUAUGAGUAAACUGUAUGGAUAUUUUACACGAGUAUGGACUAAAAAAACAUUUUUCUUCUCGCAAACUGGCUCCUGUUAAACCAGUUAUAUUGGAUGUACAAUUCGUCAAGCUCUUCAUCGCAUAGCAGAACACUAUCCGUCUUGGUUGAGAAAAGGACAGAUAAGAUUGAUUUAGAGUUCUAUUUUUGUUCACUUCAUACAGCUGACUUGAAUAAAGCGUUUAAGGUUAUACAGCAUAUUCCACCAUAUUUAUCACAUGGGUUACGAGUUCGUCUUUUGCACAAUACUGAAGCUAUCGGAAUUUUUGUUCUUAAACCUAACCUUUGCACCCAAAAGAAGUUAGUGCAACCUUUCUCACUACCUUGGCCAUCGGUAUGAGAGUGGGUUUUUAGCUCAAAUUUGUUUAAAAUCUUUCCUUCAAAAAUAUUCAGACAAUUUUCUAGUUUCUUCUUUUUUUUGUAUAUUACAUAUUCUCAACGUUUCUCUCUUGAUUCUUACGUAACUACUGUAAUGCUGAACUUUCAUCAAAAUAUUUUGAUAGUUCUUCUAUAUAUUAUGCAUUGUAGCAACCACUUGAUUUGGCACGUGCAUUUAAACUAAUAAACACAAUUUGAUCUAAAGGUAUGUGGGUAAUCGUCCACAUUUGAUUGUUACAAUCAGCAUUAGGCACUUAGUCUAAAAUCAUUUCUUCCGGCUAUUCCAUCACCUUUAUAUCUAAGUUCUAAAAAGAAAGACUUUUUCUUAACCGUAGGAUAUUCCAUUUCCAUUUGUCUGGUUGAUCAGCAUUUACAUAUGGAUUUUCGCCGACAACAGUUCUCAUGUAAGCAGAGUUUAACUGUGGCCAAUUCCACUUUAAGUCUAUCCACAGAGCAUAAUCUGCAUACAUGUUUGGAUAGCGUUCUAACCAAAGCUAUUUUGUGGUUUGUCGUACAGGAGUUAUGUAAGUUUAAGUAGAUCUCACUCCAGGUGUCAUUUCAAUAAAUAUGUCCUUCUAAUAGACCAUUUGAAUUACGUUUAAUACCAAGAUCUAGGAAAUGAGACAUGUUUUCAUGUUUACCUUCCAUUUUAAAUCUAAUGAUAGGGUGUGCUCUGUGGAAAAUUCGUAGUAUACGAGAAGCAUAUUGAGAAUCAUUAUAUGAAGCAAAUGUAUCGUCUACAUAACUGACGUACAAUGUUGUGUCAAAACAGUUUGUUCUAGGGUAUCUACCAGGAUUGGAUCCAGCUGACUGCCCAUGGCCACAUCAUCAACUUGACGCUGAAGGAUAUUGUUGAAUCAAAAUUUAAUAUCUUUAGCGCAUAUUAGUAUUAAUUCCUUGAAUUCGUCUUUCUGUAACAGAAGUAGUUUAUCAUGUUGACAUAUGAUUUUUGUGGUUUCUUCUGGUUUGAUUGAGGUAAAUAAUGAUGAUAUAACAAAUGAAACCAUGAAUUUAUCAAAAACAUCAACAUUUUUCAGCAUAUUAGUAAAUUUAAAAGUGUCUUUUAAACCAUGGAUAGAAAACUUCGAGUGAAUAGGUUCUAACUGAUUCGCUAACUACUUAGCAAGUUUGUGAGAUGAAGAAUCGAUCAUCGUUAGGAUAGAGCUAAUAAAAACAUCAGAUUUCUGUAUUCUUGGCAGUCCACAUACGUAAGGCAAUCUGGAUCACUUUAUAUGUUUAAAUAUUAAAUGAGUUCCCCUUCAAAUGUUCCUUUAACUUUUUUGUGAUACAUUUUCCUGUUGUUUUUUGGGCAGUCAACUAGGAAGCUAGCAGAGUCAUCUAUGUAUUGAUUGCCAAUAUAGACGAAUAGAAAUUUUAGUCAACCUUGUUUAUCUUCAUCGAUUGUUUUCAGUCCCGACAAGUGUUGAUACAGGUUCCCAAACUGAGUUUCUGUAUCAAUUCUGCCAGUGGAACAUGAGACUUCAAUUCGAGUGAAAGUCGUGAUUCGACCCAAGUCACUGCUUGACAUGUUGCAAAUAAUUUUUUCGAGAUUUUCCGGAGUACCCUCAAAUAAUUAUUCUUCAUCACAAGUUAUCAUGAACUGAAAACCUUUGAAAAUUAUGAAACUUGGGACAACUUUCCUACAUAUAUUUAGAGCUACUUAGAAGUAUUUGAAGACAAUCCGAUAAGAAGUGAAACGUGGAACAUUAAUAUUCCGUAGCGAUCAUGGUACCUUUAGACCAUUAUAUCAGGUUCCAUGGGUACGCUUUUUUAAUUUUGGUCUGUUUAGGUAACAUACCGUUCUCUUCAAAUUAAAUAAUACUUGUAUGCUCAGUUACACCAAACGCUUAAAGAGAAUUUCGGAAUUUCGAAUGGAAAGCUGUAACAUGUGAAGUAAACAAAAACUGAAAUCCAAGAGGCAAUUAAAUGAUAUUUGAUAAGGAUGGUAUCAACUUACAAACAGGCCGAAAAUGUGAACUACUCGGUAUCGACAGAAUGGUUUAAAGUUGGCGUGCUUGAAUUGGAUCAAUGAGGCUUUUGGUUUAAUUUCAAGCAUAAUCUUUGACGUUUACAGCCUAAGUGUUCAAAACCAAUAUAAAACAGACGUAUUUUGUGGUUCCCAAUAGUCUUAAGGUCAUGAAGCCUCAUAAAAACCCUUAUUUUGAAUACAAAGAAAUAUUGUUCAUUAGUUUUUAAAGCAAUUCAUAAACGUAGAGGAUGCUAGUUAUGAAAUCUACAAAUAAAUACUCAUAUAUACCCAUGUAAUGUUUUCUAUUGCACUUCAUUUAGCCUUACAUCAGAAUAUAUUGCGUACUUUUUGCCUGGUCUUGGGUUUGAUUUUUUAUUUUUAACAUUUGCACGAUACUUACAAACACAAAAUAUUAUUCAACCCAUUGUAUAUUCAACAUUUACAGGAACAGUUUUUAAUAUGUUUGCACAGUAUUAUUUUAUUGUUCAUUUAAACUAUGGGCUACGCGCUUCCGCUGUAUGCCUGUCCUUAUCGUUUGGUUGUAUGUUUCUUUGCGAAUUGGGAUAUAUAUUAGCUUCCAAAGUUUAUAAGGAAACAUGGAGUGGAUUCAAAUUAAAUUCUGCACUCAGUAAUUGGAGUAUAUUUUUCAAAUUGGGAAUUCCUGGUGUUUUAAUGGUGGCACUAGAAGAAUGGUGUUUUGAAAUGAUGACAUUAAUGGCUGGCACUCUGGGAAGCGUAACUCUGGGAGCUCAGGCAAUCGUGUUUCAGAUUCAGUCAAUAAUAUAUAUGGUUCCUCUUGGACUGUUCACAGCAGUAAAUAUUCGUGUUGGUCAAAGACUUGGUGCAUUUGAUCCAGUUGGUGCUCGUUAUGUAUACUUCACUGCGUUAACAAUCAUUUCUAUAGUUGCAUUAUUUACUGGUUUACCUGUUGUACUCUUACGACAUUACAUUCCUUAUAUGUUCACAUCGGAUGAAGAAGUUUGUUCAUUAGCCAGUCAGCUUUUACCAAUGCUUUUACUAUUCCAGUUUCUUGAAGGAUUUGCUGGUGUAUCAGAGGCUAUUUUACUAGCUUGUGGGCGUCAAAGUCUUGGAGCAAUUACAAUAUUUUUAGGUUAUUAUUGCACUGGAAUGCCAAUUGCUGCAAUACUAACUUAUCAGACAUCACUUGGAAUAUUAGGAUCAUGGAUAGGUUUAACCAUUGGUUUUGGAUUAACAACUAUGGUUUACACAAUACUUGCACUGAGAACAGAUUGGACUAAACAAGUUAAACAAGCUAGAAACAAUGUUACAGAAAUAUCAUCUGUUUAUUCGACAAAUAAUAUUAAUGAACAAUAUAAAUAUCACUACUUAGAUAUAGAAAAUGAAAGCGGUGAUGCUUCCAAUCUAACAUUAUUUGAACAAUCUACUAUGAUCACAGAAAAUUUAUCACAAUAUCAUAAGAUGAAAUUUUCCAAAAAAAUAAAAUGUAUAGAAUUAACUUCAAAUUAUUUAUGGUUUAAAUGUAUUAUAUUUUUUAUUUUUUUAAUACUACUUAUUAUAUCAUUGUAUAUACGUUUCUUCUAUUCUAUUCCAUUAUGGUAUACAUAUUGUAAUGAACAAGUGAAUUUAUUAGAUAAAUCAUCAUUUUGUACACGUAUUAUGCCAAUAAAUAAUUAUUUAUUACAAUCUAAUAAUAAUAUAACUCAUUUAUUAAUGGAUAAUAUAACAUUAUGAGAAAUUUCAAAAACACAGAAUAAAACAACAUUAAUAUACUACUUAUUUUGCAUUGUUCUGUUUGUUUUUUUGUUUUUGUUUUUGUUUUUUUUGUUAUUUUCAGUGUUUAUUCUUUUUCUUUUUGUGAACAAAUAAACGAAAGAUUCUUUUCAUUUGAUCAUUAAUUGGAUACAUAUAUAUUUUACUCAUCUAAAUUACUAAUUCUGAUUUAUGUAAUUGUUCAUAUGUUUUCUUAUACUGAAAAAAGGACAAUAUUAUAAUCCUUAACAAUCAUUAAUAAUAGAUAAGUUCGAAAUAAUUUAUUUCAUCAAUUAAAUUUAUUAUUUCUGAUCUCUAUUAUG